GUCUCACAAUAUUUAUCCCUGAAGGAGAGAGAGGAGGCCGGAGAGGCUGAAUUAACGAGUGCCUGUUUACCUGGGAAGAAACAAGACUGCCAGAGCCGUGCUGCAGAUAUCCUGCUGACAAUCCCUGAAGGUUAGUUCAGAAGACAAAACUGGAUGAUCCUUGUGAAAGAGAAGAUUCAACGAUGGAGCCUGUCCAUAUUAAAGAGGAGAGUCCUGUACUGGAAUCAGUCCAUAUUAAAGAGGAGAGUCCUGUAUUAGAAUCAGUCCAUAUUAAAGAGGAGAGUCCUGUACUAGAAACAGUCCAUGUUAAAGAGGAGAGUCCUGUACUAGAAUCAGUCCAUAUUAAAGAGGAGAGUCCUGCACUAGAAUCAGUCCAUAUUAAAGAGGAGAGUCCUGUACUAGAAACAGUCCAUAUUAAAGAGGAGAGUCCUGUACUAGAAACAGUCCAUGUUAAAGAGGAGAGUCCUGCACUAGAAUCAGUCCAUAUUAAAGAGGAGAGUCCUGUACUAGAAUCAGUCCAUAUUAAAGAGGAGAGUCCUGCACUAGAAUCAGUCCAUAUUAAAGAGGAGAGUCCUGCACUAGAAUCAGUCCAUAUUAAAGAGGAGAGUCCUGUACUAGAAACAGUCCAUAUUAAAGAGGAGAGUCCUGUACUAGAAUCAGUCCAUAUUAAAGAGGAGAGUCCUGUACUAGAAACAGUCCAUGUUAAAGAGGAGAGUCCUGUACUAGAAUCAGUCCAUAUUAAAGAGGAGAGUCCUGUACUAGAAUCAGUGCAUAUUAAAGAGGAGCUUCCUGAACUAGACCCUGUCCAUGUUAAAGAGGAGGGUAACCAUUUUAAAACAAGUGGCUUGCAGGACUCUCUGUCCUGUACAGAAUGUGGAAAGAGUUUCAGUCACUUAAAAAAACUGAAACUUCACCAGCGAAUCCACACUGGAGAGAAACGACACAUUUGUGCUGACUGUGGGAAGAGUUUCAGUCAGUCAAGCCAUUUGAAAAUGCAUCAACUAAUUCACACAGGAGAGAAACCGCAUGUCUGUGCUGACUGUGGGAAGAGUUUCAGCCUGUCAGGCAAUUUGAAAAUGCACCAGCGAAUUCACACUGGAGAGAAACCACAUGUGUGUGCUGACUGUGGGAAGAGUUUCAGGAGAUUAGGAUCUCUGAAAGACCACCAGCUUAUUCACACUGGAGAGAAUCCAUAUGUCUGUUGUGACUGUGGGAAAAGUUUCAGCCAGUCAAGCAACUUAAAAAUGCAUCAGCGAAUCCACAGAGGAGAGAAACCACAUGUCUGUGCUGACUGUGGGAAGAGUUUCUGUCAGUCAGGCAAUUUGAAAAUACACCAACGAAUUCACACUGGAGAGAAACCAAAUGUGUGUGCUGACUGUGGGAAGAGUUUCGGGACUUUAGCAAAUCUUAAAGAUCACCAGCAAAUUCACACUGGAGAGAAACCAAAUGUGUGUUGUGACUGUGGGAAGAGUUUCAGCCUGUUAAGCAAUUUGAAAAUGCACCAGCGAAUUCACACAGGAGAGAAACCACAUGGCUGUGCUGACUGUGGGAAGAGUUUUAGGACAUUGGGACAUCUUAAAGACCACCAGCAAAUUCACACAGGAGAGAAACCACAUGUCUGUGCUGACUGUGGGAAGAGUUUUAGGACAUUGGGACAUCUUAAAGACCACCAGCGAAUUCACACUGGAGAGAAACCACAUCUCUGCUGACUAGAGCUUCAUGAAAUGAUUAUUAAUGUAAUCGAUUAAUCUAUCAACUCUUGCUUCGAUUAAUCAAUUAUUUGGAUAAACACCAACACAUCACCAAAUAGCAAGUUGAACCAUUUUUAACAUCCUAAACAAGAGUCCUAAACAAGUCACGCAGUGAUUUCCUUUCGCUAUUCACAGUGAACAAUGUAAAACCAAAAAUAAAUGUGUGCGUUUUUAAUUGGUAUUUAGUCGUAAAAUUGAUACUUUUAUUGCAUUCGGUACUUACCACCUCUGGAUGCUUUACAUUACAUUGAUCAGCGUUUCAAUACAUACCCUUUACAGUAAAAAUAAAUGCU